UUGUGAAUGGAAAUAUGGGCCGGUAUCAGGACCGUCUCACAUUGAUGGCGUCAUUCUGUGGCGCCAAAACAGUAUCCUCUCAGCCUCUCCAGAGUACCUCCAUUGUGGACAUACACAUUUAUCUAGGACACAAAUUCAGAUCACCAGCGUCGUGCUUAAUGUGUCGCCCGCGCCUGCAGUUUUUUAGCGCGUUUAGUGGGUUUUAGCCCCUGUCGGCCUCGCCAUGAACGACGACGAUGGUUUGACGGCAAGUUUUCAUUCAGGUCAACUCCAUGCUAAUGUGGCGUCUGUUCCUGAUGGACUUUGCUGGGUGUCAAUUCUCUCCUGCCUGCUGCUCGCGUGCUCCUAUGUCGGAAGUUUAUACGUUUGGAAAAGCGAUUUACCAAGGGAUCAUCCUGCAGUGAUAAAGAGGCGCUUCACCAGUGUACUGAUCGUCUCCGCUCUUUCUCCAGUGUUUGUGUGGGCAUGGAAAGAUUUCACAGGCAUCCAGCCUGGUCCCUCAUUACUAGCCCUUAUGGGGAUCCGGUUGGAGGGUCUUAUUCCUGCUAUCAUUCUUCCACUGCUAUUGACCAUGGUGCUAUUUCUGGGUCCCCUGAUCCAGCUAGCCAUGGAUUGCCCCUGGGGUUUCAUUGAUGGGAUGAAAGUUGUAGUCGACCCUUGCUUCUGGUCUCUGUGUCUGAGUGACAUGCGCUGGCUGAGGAACCAGGUUGUUGCACCACUGACAGAGGAGUUGGUUUUUCGGGCAUGCAUGCUUCCUAUGCUAGUCCCCUGCGCAGGCCCCUCCACCGCCAUCUUCACAUGCCCACUCUUCUUUGGUGUUGCUCAUUUUCACCAUGUAAUUGAGCUCCUGCGGUUCAGACAGGGCACUGUCUCAGGGAUUUUCCUCUCUGCAGUGUUCCAGUUCUCCUACACUGCAGUAUUUGGAGCUUAUACGGCUUUUAUAUUCAUCAGGACAGGUCAUUUGGUAGGUCCUGUACUGUGCCACUCCUUCUGCAACUACAUGGGUUUUCCAGCUCUCAGCACGGCCUUGGACCACCCGCACCGCCUCACGAUCCUCUCCUUUUAUGUGCUGGGGGUCAUUCUUUUCUUCCUCCUAAUAUUCUCCAUGACUGAUCCACUAUUCUACGGCUUUCCCACACCCGUCUGCACCCUGACCUCCACACCCGGAUCCAUCUGCUCCUGAUCCAUCCAUACCUCCAACCCAAAUUUCAUCCAUUCCUUCUCUCCGGCCAUUUGAAAAGGAGAGGCUGUUUAGCUGCCGAUUAAACCAGGAGAGUGAGGGACCUGCUGGAGAACAGGUAUGAAAAUUCACAGCCUCUGUGAGGCGGUGCGUGGAAGAACUCAGUGGAUGCAAAACAUCCUCAGGUUGCACUGGCCAUUCUUCCCACCAUUCAUUAUCAAGUGACUUCAGCUACAGGCCUACGGUUGAUGAAGACAAGUUAAUUAUAUGCGUCUGCAUGUUUAUAUGACAAUAUUUCAGUGUGUUUAUCAUGCGAUUGGUGCUGGGGGGUAAAGAUCAGACACUAUUACGGGUUUCCUAGGAGGAUAUGUAUGCUGAAAUGUGCAUUGUUAAAAUGCUAAAUUCCCUAUUUUUUUGUUGUGAUGUUAGGAUCCAUCAUACCUUGUUUGGUCUGGUGCCCUUACUUGAAGACGACAUUCAUUUUUACAGGCUCAUUUUGUUUUACUCUUGAUUACGUUGUCUAAAAAUCAUGUCACUUGAAUUAGUAGGCUUAAAUUUAAAUAAAUGUCUUUAGGUACUCUUUUGGAGCAAUAGACGUAGACCUAUUAGACUAACAAAAUGUAGUGAGUAUGUAUUAGAAGUUGAAUCGCCCUGCCCUGAACACACAGCUUUACGUGUAGAUCUAAAUAGAAUUGCGACCUCAUGCACAUUUCAAAUAUGAGGUCUUUUUAAAGCAUUGAUCAGCCUUGGCCAUUUGCUAAUUAGAAAAAAAGAGAAAAUACCAAUUACUGUUUGUAUUGUAUAGUUGAUAUUCAUUAAUAGAUUUUAACCAAUGGUAUUUUGUUCAUAUUUAAUGCAGAGCUAAAGACAUUUCUUUUUUUUUUUUUUACAUCAGCAUAGGAAUUCUUGUGAAUUUAGUACGGUAGCACUGGAGGACAUUGAGUUAAAUUCUAGACUUCUGCUUUAAUAACGGUGGCUAUUCCAACAACUUUUUUUUAUGACUACUGUCUUGUAGUCAUAAACCACCUCUAACAGCAUUGAGACUACCUAUAUUAGAGAAUUACAGAAUUAGUUCUCGAUAAUGUUUUACGUUCUAAAUCUAAAUGCUAAGCUUUUUAUAAACCUUUUUUAUAUAUUAAAACCACAUAGUACUGGCUUCAUGAAUUUUUAUGCGGGUUCUUUCACCAUGGAGUGUUCGUGAAAACUCAUACCACUGAUCUGCAUGCUGCUACACUGGUGACACAUGGAUGUUCGAAUGAUGAUCGAUUUAAAAGGGGGGAAAAAAGCACACCAAAUACAAUCGUCAUAACAGCUUCUAGGAAUAGUUGACCCAAAAAUGUAAUCUCUGCCCUCAUUUACUCACUCGUGUCGUUUUUUUAUGAUGUUAGGAGAUAUUAGGCAGAAUGUUCUUGCUGCUCUUUUCCAUAUAAUGAAUUGUGAACAUAAGCUGAAUUCUAAAACUUAUUUUAAUCCAUAUGACUUACAUGCAUAUUCAAAACAGUUAAAUGAGUGGAAUAUAACACACGUUAUGCUCAAUUUGCAUAACAUUUCCAAGAAAGAAAUGAGUGAGUAAAUUUCACAAAUUUUGUGUGAACUGUCCCUUUAAGUUGGCAAGCGUGGCUUUUAACGUUAUGUAGUUGUAUUUGGUUUCAGUUCAGCAGAGUGUAUAGAGAGUAUAUAUAAAACUAUAAUUUGCUUUAUUGCUUGUAAUCUGUUGAUUUAAUAUAUUGGCAUGGCUUGCCUCCCUUCACAUUCAUUAUGUGUGUAUUAUAGGGUCAUUUGUAGUCUUUUCUGUGUUGUGAGAGACCAUGCAAAGUAAACCUUUUAAGCAAUAGUCUCACAAACAGGAUCAAAUCAGGGAUUUCCACUUAGUGCCACGUAAGAGGUUUUUUUUGGGCGUUUUGUGUUUUUUUCAUUCAUUCCCAAAAUAAUUUCUUAUUUGGCUCGCUACAAAGAAAAGGGUGAUGUCUGUAACAUCACUUGAACAGCCAAAGUUAUGGUAGGAAUUUAUCACAACUUGUUCGAGUUACUGCAGUGAUCUGGUUUACUAGCAUUAAAAGAGGUGUGUUUCAAGUGUGCCAUAGUGUAUAUGACCGUACUGACGCGUUUACCCAAGGAGGAUGCUGUACGUAAGCACUGUUUUACUGUGACUGGCUACAUGGAGUGCUACUUUAGUUUAGUCGUUUUGUGGUCGAGCUCAACAGAGGGCGCCAGAGGUCCAUUGUUGUGUGUUCUUGUCUUUUCGUUGUCAUUAUUAAGAAGCAGUCACCUCCUUGUGUUUUUAUUAAGAAACUUUUAUCUGUAUCGCUUUGCAUAUUUAAUCCUGUUGAUGAUGAUUUAAUUAAACUAUGAUUAAAUUAUACCCCGAUACGCAAAGAACACGUUGAAGAAGGUAACGUUUUUUUUUCCAUCUGUGGAAAUUCACUCAUUGUUCUAGAUUUGAGCUGGGAUGCAGCUCAGUCGGUUUAGUGGUUAAACUGCACUGUGGGAUGUUUGGAUUGGAUGCCAUGUUGAAUUGUGAUUGUUUUGGGGGAAAGCUGAACGCGCACAGGUGCUCCGGCAAGGACAGACUUCCUCUCAGUGCUGUGAUUGAUGAGUGGUGUAACUUUUAGUAGGAGAAUGUAGUGAAUAUGUGUCAGGAACUUGUUAGCUGUCACAGUCACUUCUUUAAUUUGUGAAGUCGCCGCAUUCAUUUGUUUUACAAGAGAGUUUCGACUUCUGCUUUUUUUUUUUUUCUUAGAAGUGUCUUUCAUCCCCUGUUUGAGUUCAGUGUUCUUUCUUUUAUCCGGUUGGUGGCAAGCAAAACAUUUGCAACAGGGCUUGCGUUUUAGAUGCUUUGAACGUCAUAUUUAAAGUUAGGAGGAGCAAUAGACGUUGAAAUCUAUUUUUGCAAAAUGUGAAAAGUAGCUGAGCGCUGUUUUAGCUCAUUGAACCAUCAUCUUGGAGAAAAAGUAAAGUAUUUGAGAAUCUCUAUACAAAUGAAUUGAAUAGACUGGUUGUUCAUUACAAACUGUCUGAUGUUUAUACUGAGAGCUAUAUUUUGUAAUCAAAUCUAUUUUGGUGACUCAGAGAAUAAUGUGCAUGCUAGUUGUUUUUGACUGACGUGCAAUGCAAUUUUCUGUAAAUCACUUAUGGACAAUUGUUUUAUGACAAUCUUUCUGGGGGUCUUUCCAUCCACUCUGCAAAACUCUGCCGUUUGUAAAUAAAUGAAAGGUUUUUAAACGCC